UAUAAUCAUAAUUUUUCAUCUUAUAUGCUACCUCUAACCCAAGAUUUUCCUUCAGAAAUCGCAAGCUCUUGAUUCCCAUCCAAGAAGUUGGCUAUUCCUCAAAAAUAUACUGAGGCCCUCCUGGAAAUGCAAGAAUUUUGCUUAUGAGACUUUUCACAAGAAACCUUGGCAAAGACUCAAGAAUUAGCUUCCAAAAGUGGCCAAUAUCUUAUUGAAAAUCUCCACAAAGUUCAUCAGAAAAUGAUAGAAGCAGCUACUACUAGAAGAGAUGGUACCCUACCAAGCUUGGCCAAUAGUCUUAAACUUAAUCAAAGUCUUUCUUAUGACUCCAUUGUAAAGCCUUGCAGUGCUGUCAAAGACAAUCCUGGCUUCAAAAGGGAAGCUUCACAACACCCUGAAAUAUCAGAGUUGGAAGGGUUUGAAGGACUCACAGUUCUUGGCGCUGACAAUCAAGGGAUUGAGUGUACUACCCAACCUUCAGGCAAGAGACUCUCAAAUCUUACCAAAAGCAAAGUUAACAUGAAAUUGCUUCAAAAUUACAACUGAGAAAUUGAGAAAAGGAAGAAUUCCAAAGGAGGCAUCACCACUGCCUACAUCUGUAAAUAUGAUAACUGUAACAAAGAGUUUACCAGGACUUGGAGUAUCAUAGAUCAUGUCAGAAUGCACGAAGGAUAUAAGCCUUAUAAAUGCAAGCAUUGAGAGCGCUCCUAUACACAGAAGGGCAACUUACUUAAGCACAUGAAGAGACACACAGAUCCUAGCUUAGAUCAUAGAAGGAGCUACAUCUGUGAGUUCUGCAACAAAAAGUAUACCGAAAAAUAUAACCUCAAGACUCAUCAAAAGAAAUUUCACUUAAACCAACUUAAACAGACUAAAUCUGAAAAGGACAGUGCGAAGUUAACAGUUAAUUCAUAAAAAUCAUU